UGACUUUUUCACUUAGCAAUUAACACUAGCCUUUUUAUAUUUCACAGACGAAAAAGACAGCACUGAACUGAGCACUGACAAUCCUUCUGCAGGCAGUUUUCCAUGUCGACACUGUGAUUCAACUUUCAAUCAACCAAAUAACCUAAGAAAGCACUUCAGAGAGGUUCACAAUGUAAACACCAUGCCCAUGAUGUGCAUCGACCCCCAAAAUGGAAUAUAUGUCACCCCUAAAUACCAAUCUGGCCCUCUAUUUCCCAUCCAUGUGAGAAAAUCCACAACCGCACCUGUCAUUGAUUGCGAACUUGAAAACUGCCAGCAACUUAUGAAGAUUGGAAGAGCAUCAGGAAACCCAGCCAAAGAGUGUAUCCAUCUUGAGAGGACGAAACAUGCAGACCCAUAUUCACGACCUGCAAGCCUAACACUUCAUUCUUUAAAGGAAAUGCAUGACAAAGGUCUCAUUUCAAAAGAGUGGACUGAAAUGUGUGAGGAGUUACAUGGCACUGCAGCUGAACAUGGAGUUGAUCCUGUUUACCCUAUCAUUUAUGGGGACAUGGGCUACUCAAAGAGAUGGGUGUUCUUUUCUGUGUACACUGACAAAAUAGACAACUGGUGCAAAUUUGGGCGCACAAGAGUCAGCUUUGAUUCAGGGUCUGGAAGGUGGAACUGCCAAUGUGGAGGGACUGGGCGAUCCCAUCGCUGUAUUCACCGUAAGCUGGCAAUGUGGUGGAUUUUCCAAGAGUCAACACAUCUUCUCUUACCAAACUCGGAAGAUCUGACAGAUGGAGUAGAUGACUUGGAAACAGAAAUCCACAUGUCUGAGGCUGAAAUGUCUUCCUAUGCUGAAAGCCAAAUAAAGGUUUCUGAAAUGACAGAGUAUUUGUUUUCAAGCAAGACAAUUCCACCACCACAUGACCUUUCAGUGGAUCUGAGAAGUAGGGAGAAGGAUGCCCCCACCUGCUUCAUCCCAGAGGAAAAAACAUGCCCCUAUUGUCCAGGGCCCACUCCACCAGAUCUUUUGCAACAUGAGAUAAUAACCAACCAGGCCACUGUGUAUGGUUACACCUAUAUUAAAAAAGGCAAGUGCUUUAGCUUGGUAAAAGGUGUCUAUUCUGUGGCUCUAACACCCAUUGGUUACACACUGUGAAUAUCAAGUCGUUCAAUGUGUCCUCUUCAUUUUUUUGUUAAUUUGAUGAUAAUACAUCUACAGGUAUCUCUGUUGCCAUCAAGCAGUGCCCUGUCUGCCAAAACCAUGUACGAUUCCAGGAAUACAAGUCUGGGUUCCACAACUUCAACGACCGUGUGUUCCUGACUCUGCCAUUAUGUGAACUUCUUCUUUCCGCACUGGCCGUAGGUGUUAUUAUUCAUUUUAAACAUCUUAAUUCAACUUAAUGUUCGUUUUCUACAGUUUAAUGCAAAUACUGCU